GAAUGACAAGCCAGAUUAAAUCACUUAAGGGAAGGAACAGCAUCUGCGCUUAGAGAAAGCAAGUCAGCUCAGAGAAAGAAAUAACAAUGGCACAAGUACCCGAACUGGACUCUUACCUGAUGGACAGCUACAGUGAACAUGAAGAGGAAUUUUAUGCAGAUUAUUCCAUUGGAUGCAAGAAAACCAUCGAGGACUCACACUGGAUGGCUUCCUAUGGAGACUGCGACGAAUGUGACUCUGGAAUCACUCCACUUACUCUGCACUCCAUGUACUCGUUCAAGAAAACAGUCAUCCUUGUGGUAGCGAUUGAAAAACUGAAAAAGAGGUUAAGCUCUCCCAGACUACUGGAAGACACAGAUUUACUAAGCCUGCUGGAUGACAUUUUCGUUGAAGAGGAAAUCUCAUUUGAAAACGCGCAAACCGCCUUUGCAUCUGCAUCGGACUACAAACUGCUAGAUACGAGCAAAUGCAAGAUCAAGGAUUCGGGGAAAAAGUGUCUUGUUUUGCAGCAGUUCCCAGGGAAAGCUCAGCUGGUGGCGAUUCACUUGCAAGGAUUAAACAUCAAGCUGGAACAAAUGAUACAAAUGGCUUUUUACGCUACCGAGAACGUGGAGGAACACGACAAACGGCCUGUAACACUGGCGCUAGCAGGGAAGAAUCUAUACCUGUCUUGCACUCCCGGAAACGGCGCUCCUCAGCUGAAUUUGGAGGAGGUCACUGGAGGAAUAAGUAAUAAUGACUUACGGCGGUUUCUUUUCCUGAAGUCCGACAACUCUUCGAGCUCUUCGAAUAGCUUUGAAUCGGCCGCUCACCGUGGCUGGUAUAUCAGCACAUCCCAACGCGGAAACGAACUGGUCCAGAUGAUGCCUGAAAACGACCAAAGAUUCAUCAGGGAGUUCACAGUUACCUAUCAGAACUAAACGUACUGCACAAUGCAGCGCAACCACUAAUGUGUAUGUACUAAGUACAACAUGGAAGCAGUGCUGCUGUUAAAUAAGCGAUGCCUAUUCUGUUUAGAACAUAUUUAAUGUAUACAUUGCAGCAGCUAAAUGCGUAAAAUGAUUGGCUAUACCCUAUUUCAGCAUAGUAGGCAGGCCCCUCGGAUCCUACCCAAUGCCAUUAAUAAAUACGCACAAUGUAUAUAUCAACAUAAAGAAACCACGUCACCUAUGGAUGAUUGGUUCUCUUUAGACAUCCUUAGCAGCACUGCUUUAUUUUUCAGCGUAAUAACAUUUCUCUAUGAGGGAUGACACAAGCAACUCCGUGAAGAGUUGCACCCAUUGAAAAUGUAUUUAAUUUAUGUAUUUAUAUGUUACUGCUAUUUAUUCUUAUAUUUUAUAAUAUGCAUCGUACAAAAGUUUCAUAAAAAUUUUAUAUUAACGUGAAGAAUAGUUUUAUAAAACGGGGAAAAUGUUGGUGUGUAAGAAA